AUGUCUGAAGAGCUUGAAGAAGAAUGUCGCGCGGCAAUGCCUCAUGACAAUAUGGAUCUUUCUAAGUUGAUGGUUCAUGCUCAACAAUUAGAGGAGAGUCAGCUAAAGAAGAAAAAUAGGGAUGCUAAGAAAGCAAGAUCUUUUGAAAGUGGUUCCUCUAAGGGUAUGCUUCACAGUCAAGACAAUCCUAGGUUCAAGAAGAUGUUUUCUAAUAAAGUUCCCUCUAAGUUCCCCAAGGCUCGCAAUGAUAGGGUGUAUAACCCUAAAUCUCAAAAGGGAAGAGGUGUUGACUCACCAAGUGAAAAACCAACUUGUGGAAAGUGUGGUAAGAAGAAUAGAGGUGAAUGUCUUGUAGGAUCGGAUAAUUGCUUUGGUUGUGGAAUUAGUGGCCACAAAGUGAGAGAUUGUCCUAAUGUGAGGGGUCAAGAGAAGGGAAACAGCCAAGCUCAAUCAAGUUGUCCUACCUCUGAAGUUCCAAAAAGGAGUCGCUUUUAUGAACUCAAGGCAAGGGGUGAACAAGAGAGUUCUCCCGAUGUGGCGACCUUCCUUUGGUAG